UCCAAGUCUCCAGUUGACUUUGCCCCACUUGAUUGAAAAAUGGUCGUCACGCCUUCUCUGUCCAAGUAGGCUGGUUCAUACCGUCACUCGAUCCCUUGUCUCGGUGACAACCGCUCGGCCCGCCGUGAGGCUGUAUAUCUUUUAGUAGUUGCGCAACUCAACAGUUCACUCAGACCUAUAGGAACCGAUGUGUUUCUAUUUACGGCAAUGUUCUGGAGGUGCAAUGGCAAAGGAAAAACUUUCUCUUUAAUAUUCUGUGGAUAUUGUAACCUUAAGUGUAGUCUCGUUUAUUAGAUUUUUUUCAUUUUUCGCAAAACCUGGGAUUAUUUAAGUUCUCAAAGGGAAUCCUGCGCUGAGUAGUGCGGUGGACUGACUGUUCCAAGCAGGAAUGGCCACUGCAAGGCUUGAUUACGUUGCUCCGUGGUGGACAUACUGGCUGCACAAUUUCCCUCACUUCAAUUACUUUUUUCAGUCGGUCGACGGCACUUUCAACCCGGAGGAGGCGAACUAUCAGCAGUCUCUCAUAGUUCUAGCAUGUGUUGGUGCGGUGGGUCUGGGUCUGAGUCUGCUGGUUCUGGCAGUAUACCUCAUCUGCCUAUGUUGCUGUUGUAAGGACAUUGAUGAAGACAGCAAAAGACCCGAGACAUGCUGUGUCACGUGGGCUGCUGUCAUCGCAGGUCUCGUCAUAUGUUCUGCUGUAGGAGUGGGUUUCUAUGGAAACAGUGAGACCAACGAUGGGGUGUACCAGCUGACCUACUCGCUCUACAAUGCCAAUCACACAUUGGGUGGCAUCAACAAUCUGAUUGCAGGAUCCGUGGGCCAUGUGGAAACUGGACUCAAACAGCACCUGGAACGGCUGGAUGAAAUCUUUGCCGCGAGGGCUGACUACCUCCAAACUCUGCGCUUCAUGCAGCUGAUGGUCAACAAUGUCAUCCGAGAGCUGGCGGCUCUGCCCGAUAUCAACAAAGCAAAUGUUGACUUGGGAGCCAUUGCUGAUCAAACAGCCGCCGUUGAGUAUUACAGAUGGCUGACCUAUCUGCUGCUUCUGAUCCUGGAUCUGGUCAUCUGCUUGGCCAUGUGCUUAGGGAUGGCAAAGCAGUCUCGAUGGCUGCUUAUCACGAUCAUAGCUUUUGUAGUGCUGUCUCUGAUCCUGAGCUGGGCCUCACUGGGAGCAGGCACUUCUACAGCUGUGGGCACCAGUGACUUUUGUGUAUCUCCAAACAAAUUUAUUGUUAACCAAACCAAGGAUUUUGUCAGCGCAGAUGUUGCACACUAUUAUUUGUUCUGCAGUCCGAAUCUACCAAACCCCUUCCAAAAGUCUUUGACAAUCUGCCAACGUUCUCUGACCACCAUGCAAAUCCAGAUCCAAGGCUUGUUACAGUUCUCUGUUCCUUUCUUUCCCACUGCUGAGAGAGACCUUUUGGGGAUCCAGCGACUUUUGAACUCCACCGAGUUCAGUGUACACCAGCUAACAGUCUUGCUCGACUGCCGCGGGCUACAUAAGGACUACCUGGAUGCCUUAAUGGGUGUGUGCUAUGAUGGGGUGGAAGGGCUCCUCUACCUCUCUUUGUUUUCUCUCCUGGCUGCCUGCGCACUCUCUGUCAUGUUGUGUGCGGUUUUCAGAGUGUGGACACUAAUGGGCAGCAGGGACAGAGAGUAUGACGACAUAGAUGAGGAGGACCCGUUCAACCCCCAAGCACGCCGGAUGUCCUACAACCCCAGAAGGUCUAACAUCCACAGUUUCUGUAGCUAUACCAGCAGUCUCGGUAGCCAGGCCAGCCUUCAUCCACCUCCGCAAUCUGCUUCUAAUGUCGUUCCUCCUCCUGAAUACAUGAAUCAAUCCAUGCUGUUUGGAGGGAGUCCUCGAUAUGAGAACGCGCCACUGAUAGGGAGAGGAUCUCCACCUCCAUCGUAUUCGCCCAGUAUGAGGACCACCUAUCUAUCUAUGACUGAUGCCCAGAUCAGACACUUUGGGACUGACUUCCAGGUGUAGCCUGCUCCCUGUUCCCUGAUGCACUGUCUGAAAAACUCUGGGCUCUUACCAAGGAUGCUGACUUCAUGGCAUCCUGUUUACGGGAAGCUACAGACGGCUGUCCCAAUCUGAGACAUGAAAGCAGGCCAUAUGAGACAAUUACCUCAGUUACACACCAAUGCAGUGCUCUGAAAGCCCUGCAUGCAGUUUUGAACAGAGACGGCCUGUACAGGUUCACCUCAAGACUGUUGUUGAUCUUGUUGUUACGUAUGGAAACAUGCGUUUCUAUGAGCCAAAUCAAGAGCCUUUGAACUGAAAAUGUUUUUUUUUAGGUUUUUUUUUAGCUUUUUCCUGUUAUUCUGGUGGCCUGCAUGAAUAUGAUCAGCAAUACUGUCAGUAUUUUGAUGUGAAGUGGCAGUGAAUCAUGGCAGUUAGAUUUUUUUUGCAACAAUUCCUACUCUUUUGCAGUAAUUUAACUGUAUCAUUUUAAGCAUUUUGUGUAGUUUUAUUGGUGCUAUAUGAAAUAAAACACCAUGUUUUCACUUUUGUAAAUAAUAACAACUUAUCAGUGUCUGUGAAAACCAUACCAAAUAUUGUAGUUUGUUGUGAAGAGCCAAAGAUACUACUAAGUAGAUGAUCAAUUUUACUUUUCUCUUUCCAGGUAUGCAACUGCCACAGGUCUAAGUAUCUCUUUGUUCUUGUCAUAAUACUGAAUUGAAAUGUAUGACCUGCUGAUCAGGGAUGAGUCAUAGCUGAGGAUUUUGCCACAUUUGGAGACUGUAUAGCAGUUGCAUGUGAAAGGAUUCCCCUGGAUUAGAUGAACACAACAGAAUGGAAUUUAAUUCACGUCCUCGUAUAUCUUGCUGUGCGGUGCCACAGCUGGUAAAACAAGAAAUGCAAAAAUGUACCCCCAGUAUCUUGUGAAAGAGAAAUGAUUCUCUUCAGUGUUGGAGCCAUCUGCUGUAUUCUGUUUUCUGUGUUGGAUAAUGUAUCAAACUAAACUAAUGUUUGACCAUAAAUGAUGUAUUCAGA